GCGCGUGAGCGCGGCCCUCGGCGGGGCGGGAGGCGCUGAGGGGCGGCGGCGCGGACGAUGCGCGGCUCUCGCUGAGCGGCCGCCGCCUCUCGCCGCGGGAUGAGCGCCUCGGCGGCCACCGGCGUCUUCGUCCUCUCCCUCACCGCCAUCCCCGUCACGUACCUCUUCAACUGCCUGGCGGCCGGCGGCAGUUCCUGGUCAAUUGUUGCAGUUGGAUUACUGGUUCUGGUUUUUAUUGCUUUGUUGGCUCGUGUUCUUGUCAAAAGAAAACCACCAAAAGAUCCGCUGUUUUAUGUUUAUGCUGUAUUUGCCUUUACCAGUGUAGUGAAUCUAAUAAUUGGGCUGGAACAAGAUGGAAUUAUUGAUGGAUUCAUGACUCAUUACUUGAGAGAGGGUGAACCAUAUCUGAACACUGCGUAUGGCCAUGUGAUCUGCUAUUGGGAUGGCUCUGCUCAUUAUCUGAUGUAUCUUUUGAUGGUGGCAGCUAUUGCUUGGGAACAAAGCUAUAGAACCAUUGGCCUUUACUGGUUGGGUUCCAUUUUCAUGAGCAUCAUUGUCUUUAUGCCUGGAAACAUUGUGGGAAAAUAUGGAACAAAAGUGUGUCCUGCUUUUUUCUUGAGUGUACCAUAUAUUUGCCUUCCCAUAUGGGCUGGGUUCCGAAUUUAUAAUCAACCUUCAGCAACUCCUGAUACUCCAGUCAAGGUGGUUCAGGAAGUUCAGAAGAAAGGACUCUUAAGGCGACCAAUGGAUUUAAUGUUAGCUGCGUAUCUCAUUCUGGCAGCGGGGUUUUGCAUAUUCAGGGGCAUGAUUGCUCUGGAUUGCCCUGCUGAACUCUGCCGGCUAUAUAUUCAACUGCACGAGCCUUAUAUAAAAGAUCCUGCUGCCUAUCCUAAGCUUCAGAUGCUGGCAUAUAUGUUCUACUCCGUGCCAUACUACGUGAUUGCUUUGUAUGGCCUACUGGUGCCUGGUUGUUCCUGGAUGCCUGAUUUAACCCUUAUACAUGCUGGAGGACUAGCUCAGAAUUACACAUCGCUCUCAGUUAAAUGGUUGUUCCUGACAUUCAGACUUCAAGAACAGGUUGCAACUCUUAAACAUCCUGAAGUUGAAGGAAGAGCUCUUUAAAUGUCAAAGCACCAAAGUACCAGAACUUUGAUUAUUACAGUUUGCAUACUCUCUGUGAACUUGAAAAAACUGGUGUUCGCCUACUCAAGUGAGCUACAUGUGAAGCAAUUUAAGAGCCAUACCCCUGCUGCCCACAACCAGUGGGUACCAACUGUCUCACCAGUUUUUUGCAGCCUAUUUCUCUAUACUAUCCAAAAUAUAGAAAGUUUUUCUUUACUCCUCCAUAGAUCUGCUCUCCUCAAUUCUGCAGUUUUUGGUGGCUUCUUUCUGCAGUGUCUCAGAUCUGCAGGAGAACUAAAGCAAAGGAACAUAUUUUUCUAGGUUACUCUCUCCCCAUUCCAUUUGAUGACUUUCCUUAGGUACAUAAGAUCUGAUCCAAUCCCUUCCAAAAUCAGUUAUAAUUUUUUUAUUUGAUUUUAAUCUGUAUUAGAAGGAACCUUUCUCCAGGCUCUUUUCCCCUGGCUGGAGGACUUUCUUGUCUGCAGGGUAACAAAACCCAACAACUACAGUAAUGCUACAGACAAAAAAUAUUGUAAAAAACCCAAACUACUUCAUACUGACAAGGAGACGAAUGUGUAGCAGGAAAGGUAAAUUACAGCUGUCACACUGAGCAGUGCCAAACCCAGCACCAGUCUUCUUCCAGUGAUUGUGGAAUGGCCCCACCAGCACACUGUCAAGGCUCUGAGUUUAACAAAGGCCACAUGUUUAUUAAACAGAAGAGGCUACCUGAGAAGUUAACCUGUAGCACAUUAUCCGGUUGAUUUCUCAGCCAAGUUCUGAUUCUCAAAAUUCUCCACUUGAAGGUUCAGUGCAGAAAGCACCAAGGAUUGGUUUAUUCACUGGGAGGAUAUGAUCACAGCAGACUCAAGGUUGCCCUCACUUACUGAAAUACCAGCCUAGUGCACAACUGGCACAGUGAUCUGGAAUGACCAACAGCUCUUACCUUUCUAAAGAACAUGGAUUGGGCACUUGAAGUCAGAGCAAGAUUAAGCUACUGGCAAAUGAGAGACCUGCUUUAAAACACUCUCUUUCCUCCUCCCACCAAGACUAAAAACCCAAACCAACCAGAAAAACAGAAUCUGAAUACAGUCAUGGAAAGAUAGAAGAUUAAAAGCCUAACACAGUCUACAUGAAGGUAAAUCAAACUUGAAAAAAAAAAUUGACUUUAACAGACCCCAAUGGCUUCCUUGGUAAUGCAAAGAAAAAAGCAUUACACAGACAAAACAAGUCUAAUAAAUAAUAAUUAUAUAGUGCAUUCACUAGCUAGUGAAAAUCUUCAUGGGUUACAGAGAGAAAAAAAAAAGCAGACAAAUGUUUCAAUUUUCUAUAACAGUGAAAGCUCACCAAUGUGCUCCAGCUCUUGUAAGAGACACAAAUCACACAGUAAGGCUAAGAUCUCCUAAGGCAUCCUAGGGGUUUGAGGAGUUACAGCUCCUUCUGCCAAGUUUGUGAACUCACUGUUACACAUAGCUGGGCCACUUCUGGAGACAGGAGACCCUUGCAAGAGGCACACAGCUUAACGUCUUGUUCCCCCUAAGCAGUUCUGAGAUGCCCUGGAAAGCUUUAGGUGAACAUUGGACAGCACCAAACCUCCUACACAAAGCCCGAUGGUUGUGAUUGCAUAUUUUCUUUGCAAACCAUUACCUUGUAUAACGAAUGGUGUUUGCUCCUGAUUCUUCACUGCCUGCAGAAAGGUUCCCAAUGUGAGGAGAGGCAGCAGGUAUCUGAGCACGUGCACACAGGUGCCAAAGGCAGCUCCCAUCUGAGACAGCUGAGAGCAAACAGGCAGCAAGAGGUGACUGAAUUAUCCAGCUGACAGAAACAAGCUGCUGAUAGUGUGCCCCUCAACAUCUGUUUACUGUGUAAAAGUUAUUUACAGAAACAUACUAGGCAGCACUCUGCUGAAGUGUGCACUUGAUUUCUUUGAUUGCCCUAUUUCUUGCCUCUGGUUUGCUAGAUCAGUGCUCCCUCUUACGUGGAGGUGGUUAUAAUCUCCUGAAAUCCAGGUUUCUUUUCUGUUUUGAUGUAUGUGCUCAGUCCAACCCUUUGCCAGAGAGAUGUGUAUUAAAGCACCUGCACUGUUUCACUUCCUGCUUUGCUAACAACCAUGGACAGAAUCAGUCCUUCGUGAGUCCAAAUCAACUCCUGCUGAAGCCCAGGUGGAGGUGCCAUUUGGCCAUCGUGUACUCCUCUGCACAACUAAAAUCCUGCUGUCCCUUUCUCCCGCUCUGCUUAAGAUUAAAUUGAUGUUCAUCUCCUCAGAUCUCACUCACUACAAAGUAAUUAAAUAAAUAAGAUUGGACACACGAUAGUUAACAUGAACUUCAAGCUGUUGCUUGAAAUAGCAGGUAACAGAUGGAGACAAAAGACAGUAACUACUCUGACACUUCUAUCUUUAAGUGUUUGUUUAUGCUAAAAAUAUGCUCCAGCUCAACAAGCUUGCCUUUGCUUAUAACCUUCCGUGUGAAUUUAACCUAUGCUUCAGAACUGCCCCCAGACCCAAGGCCAACUUUACCAAUAUUUUCUGAAAUCAUCAGGAGUUCUGGGGUUUGAAUCUAUAAGAUUAAAUUAAAAACAAGCAAAAAACAACAAAAACCGAAACAAAAAACAACGGAACAGAAACUAACACGGCUUCCAGAUUUUAUUCUCUGACUUUAUUUAGAAUGUCUGACUGCUGAUUGCUGAUGCCAAACACGAUGGUAGGUGGCUGCAGGUCCCACCUCCGCCUCUGGGCUGAGACCCAGCGCAGCACCGGGCAGCGAUGCACAGCUUGGUGGCUGUUUGCCUGGGGAAGGAUUACAGAGCCUGGUGCAAGAAUAAUCAUCCCUAACUGAGGGUGAAAUCCUAUACCUAAUGUAAACAUCAGUGCUGUGUCCACAAAAUCACCCCCUGCCAUGACACUGAUAGCUCCCUUUCUUCUCUAUACUGAGUUAUGAAUGACCGUAGUUCAGAGUGAAUUUCCUCUCACUGCCAUAAACAUAUGAAGGAUAAUUGAGGAAUAAAAGGGAAAUUGUCACAGGAGAUGCACACUUGUAUGCGGAAUAUGCUGUCCAAACAUUUCCAAAAUGUUCAUAAACUUUACCUUCUUUUUUUCUUUUUUUCCCCAAUAUGCACAUUAUAUACACA